CGGAUGUCGACUUCGCCGCAAUACCAACCACAGCACGACCAGCGACAACCAAGCUCAAAGUCUCACACAACGACUGGCAGCCAUCGUAUUGCUCAAAAACUCACGUCUCCAACCCAAAUAAAGGCCCCCUUUUGAUGCGCCAGUGACAUUGAUCUAGACUUGAGGCGACGACGUUGCUGCCAUGGCGUCGAAGCGGAAGAGAGACGAGGUGAAGGAGCCUGUCGACAGCGAGCCUAUAGAUCCCGCUGAUCAGUUCGAGUUCUUUUGCCUGGGCGGUGGCCAGGAGGUUGGCCGGUCAUGCCACAUCAUUAGAUACAAGGGAAAGACAGUGAUGCUGGAUGCUGGUAUGCACCCCGGCUACGAGGGUCUUGCUGCUCUGCCAUUCUACGACGAGUGGGACCUUAGUACAGUAGAUGUGCUACUCAUUAGUCAUUUUCAUGUCGACCAUGCGGCCUCAUUACCGUACGUCCUUGCCAAAACCAAUUUUAGAGGUCGGGUCUACAUGACCCACCCAACGAAAGCCAUCUACCGCUGGCUCAUCACAGAUACUGUCCGAGUGGGUAAUCUAGGUUCCUCUGCUGAAAAUCGGACAAUAUUAUACACCGAGGCUGAACACCUUGCAACCUUCCCCCGAAUUGAAGCAAUUGAUUACUACACAACGCAUACAGUCUCUAGUAUACGGAUCACGCCCUACCCCGCUGGCCAUGUACUCGGCGCGGCUAUGUAUCUCAUAGAAAUUGCUGGGCUGAAUGUGCUUUUCACUGGUGAUUAUUCAAGAGAGGAGGAUAGACAUCUAGUAUCGGCUUCUAUACCAAAGGGCAUAAAUGUCGACGUUCUAAUUACGGAAUCCACCUUUGGCACAGCAACUCACGUACCCCGCAUCGAGCGUGAAAACCAGCUUACAAAGACAAUCACCGACAUUGUAUCCAACCGCAAGGGCCGGGCCCUACUCCCUGUUUUCGCCCUUGGUACAGCCCAGGAACUUCUCCUCAUUCUGGACGAUUACUGGGAGCGACACCCACAUUUGCAAAGCAUCCCAAUCUAUUACGCUAGUAACCUGGCAAGGCGCUGCAUGGCUAUUUACAGCACGUAUACAUCCUUCAUGAACAGUCACAUCAAACGCGUCUUUCAUGAGCGGCUUCGCGCUGCGGAAGAAGCUGGACGUGAUCCCUCCACCGCAGGACCCUGGGAUUUGCGGUUCGUACGUGCACUCCGUUCCCUGGAGCGCUUCGAAGAUAUUGGCUCCUGCGUCAUGCUUGCCACCCCAGGUAUGAUGCAGAACGGAGCGUCGAGAGAGCUUCUAGAGAAGUGGGCCCCCGACCCGAAAAAUGGAGUCGUGAUCACCGGUUAUAGCGUGGAAGGUACGAUGGCACAACGGCUUCUGAACGAGCCGGAUGUAAUCGAAGCGGUCAUGACAAAGAGUCGGGAACAAGGAGGUGGAAGGAGGGCGCUGGAUCGCCAGAAAGGGGAUACGUUGACUAUCCAAAGGCGCUGCACUGUCAACGAAUAUUCAUUUGCUGCUCACGUUGAUGGGAAGCAAAACACGGAAUUUGUGGAGGAGGUGCGGCCAAGGCAUAUUAUUUUGGUCCAUGGCUCCAAGGGCCAAGGUGUGCGUUUGCGAUCGAAACUGCUGGGUUUAAGGAGGGAAGGGCAAUCGCUGCACAACAGAUUAUUGGACGUACAUCACCCGGCUAACACAGUUCCCGUAACCAUAGCUUUCAAGACAGAAAAGGUAGCAAGAGUUGUUGGCAAGCUGGCUGAGAGUUACAUGCCUCUCGCUUUGCGACCGAAGUUGAUGCCUGACGGUGACGAGCACAUGAAGGAUGAAGAUGAAGUCGAAGAUGUUAAAAAGGAGAAACUUGAGGAACCGAAGGGUAUUAGCGGCGUUCUUGUGCAGAACGAGUUCAAGCUUAGCUUGAUGGCACCAGAAGAUUUGAAGGAAUUCGCUGGAUUGACGACGACCACCGUCGUGUGCCGUGAACAUUUGACACUCCGGGCUGCUGGUCUUGAACUCAUCCGUUGGGCUCUCCAAGCUGCCUUUGGUGAAGUGACAGAGAUCAAAAAGCAGCCAGAUACACUCAACGGUGCCGCAAAGCUAGAUGCAACUGAUGAAUCCAAUGCGGUGGAGGCAGCCGCUGACGCCGAGAUAGACCGAAAUACGACUGUACUAGAAGUCAUGGGGACGGUUCGCGUGAGCAUUGGUGCAGAGGGGGAUGUUGAGGUUGAGUGGGAAGGCAAUAUGCUAAACGACGGGAUAGCGGAUGCCGUACUAGGCGUGCUUCUGGGCGUCGAGCGUAGUCCAGCUGCUGUUGCCAAGAGCUCGAAGAUGCACAAGCACGACCACUCACACUCACACGAUGGGGUCAAUGGCACGAAUGGAAAUGGUGUUGUGAAGAAACGAUCUAUGGAUCCCAAGGAGCGAUUAAGCAGGCUUUUCCUUCUAUUAGAAGCGCAAUUUGGCUCUGAUGCGAUUUCACCGAUUGAGGAGCCUAUGUUGACCAAGACGGGAGAUGAGGAAGAAGACGAGGCAGCGCGGGAAAAGGAGAUGAGAAAGGUACUGGAACGACUUCACAAUCUGGGAAUACCUGUUCCAGGAAUCGAAAUCAAACUCAACGACACGGUCACGGCCAAGGUAUGGCUCGAAGAUUUGAGCGUCGAGUGCGCGAACAACAUCUUCAAAGGAAGGGUGGAAAAUGUAGUAAGAGAGGCCGUCGAUGGUAUCAGCGCACUUUGGGAUUAGAACCAAUAUUGCUCUGCUUAUUACUUCUCGGAAGGCAGAAACACAGUUUUCUGGGUAUACACCAAGAGCGCAAAGGCCUAGAACGAAGCGGAAUUUCGAAAUUUUGUCAUAAUUUGUUCGAGUGGAUCUCCUCGUUCUCAAGAGUGUCUUUCUUGGCACCAUUGAGAGCGACAUGGACCAUGGCUUUUGCAGCCUGAUCCACCUUCACGACCGGUGCAGUCCAGGCCACGGUCGCGGUUAUCAAGGUACCAAAGAGGGAGGCUGGCAUGACUCCGCCAAUUCGCAUGCAAUACGGGAAGAAUCCUUGGUGUUUUUUUGCGAUUUCAAGCAGGCCGUUCUCCGCGGCACCCUAUUUUUUGUCAACGCACAGCCGUGUCAGCGUGAACACGCUUCUUCGUUGCAGGCAAUAAGACGCGAAAAUCAAAGCACGUACUUUGAUCCGUCGAGUGUCUCCGAAGAAUCGAAGUUUUCCUCUCUCGUCCCGUGCUGCCCAGCGUCCACUGCAGAAGACGAACCUCAUCGGGCCCAGUCUCUCGGCAAAUGCUUUUGCCGCGUUCACCGUAUAUGUGACCUGCACUUUGUAGGCCGUCUCGUAGUCGGGGAACUCCCACGCUCCGCCGCCCACGCACCAUAUGCACGCUUCCGACCCCUUCAGCUUUUCAAGCAAGGCGUCAUCAUCCCAUUUCUCAAAGUCCUUGUGGAUGACGACCUCGAGCUUGGCGUGUGACAUCUUGAGUGGACGCCGCGAAAUAGCUACCACGGAGGUUACCCGAUCAUCACGAAUGAGCUCUUUGAGGACUUGGCCCCCGACGAAGCCAGUUCCACCCGUGAGGAUAAUUUUCAUGACUGAUUUAUUCCUUUCUUUCUUUGUUCUUUUUGAGGGAGGCUUCGAGAAUGAAGGAGAGUACGAUAUUUAAGGAUGCCGUCACACGAGCGAGGUAGUAUUGCCUGUUCUGGCUGGAUGUAAACUUGGGUGGUCAAGCGAGGAUCGGCCGUGUGACCGUUGGUACGUGGCAGCGACUGGACACGGUAUAUCUUGGUUGUGAUCAACUCGAACACAUUCUCAGAAAAUUCCACAGAUAGUUCGUGCACAGCCCGGGUUAGAAUCAAUUCAUC